AUGGAGCAUCCCACCGGAAUGUGGAGCCAAGCCAGGCCAUUUAUUGCAGUGAUUCUUCAGCAGUUCAUCACUGCCGGAAUGGUCAUCAUUUCCAAGUUUGCUCUUAACCAAGGACUCAACCAGCACGUUUUAGUCGUCUAUCGCUACGCCAUUGCCACUGUUGUCAUCGCUCCUUUAGCUCUCGUCUUCGAAAGGAAAGUGAGACCCAAGAUGACUUGGUCCGUUUUUGGAAAGAUUGUCUUGCUCGGAUUAUUGGAGCCUGCACUCGACCAAAACUUAUAUUACACGGGCAUGAAGUACACUACAGCAACUUUCGCAUCUGCUAUGACCAACAUGGUCCCUGGUCUUAUCUUCCUCCUGGCUUGGAUUGUUCGGCUGGAGAAGGUUAACGUAAGGCAGCUGCCAAGCCAGGCAAAGAUAUUAGGGACAGUGGUAGCGGUGGGAGGGGCUAUGAUAAUGACUAUGGUAAGGGGGCCAAUUGUGAGCCUGCCAUGGACAAACAACACCCUCCUCCAUCACUCUUCUGCAGCUGCAGUCAGCCAGCAAGAUUUUCUCAAGGGAGCUCUCAUGAUCACUACAGGCUGCAUUUUUUGGUCUGUUUUUACUGUUCUUCAGGCGAUUACAGUAAAGGUAUACCCUGCACAGCUCUCCCUAACAGCUUUGAUAUGCUUCACCGGCGCCGUGCAAGCCUCAGUGAUAGCUUUGGGAAUGGAAAAGCACAAUCCUGCUGCCUGGUCAUUACAUUUAGAUUCCACCCUCUUAGCUCCUUUAUACAGUGGAAUCAUGUCUUCAGGGGUCUCAUAUACUAUUCAAGCAGCGAUAAUGAAAACGAAAGGGCCAGUUUUUGCAAGUACAUUUAGUCCCCUAAGCAUGGUCAUUGUUGCAAUCAUCAGUUCAUUCUCAUUAUCUGAGAAAUUAUACUUUGGAAGGGUUCUUGGAGCAGCUGUUAUUAUUACAGGUCUUUAUCUAGUUCUGUGGGGUAAAAUCAAGGAUCAGGCUCCAUACAAGUCGGAUAUUGAGAAGAUAGCCCCAUCCGAUCAGAAACCGACUGCCAUAACCGACAUACCUAAGACUUCAGAUAAAGAACUUGUAGUUGAUCUUGCUAGAAUAAAGACAGUGGAUGGUUCUGUUUGAUAAGAGCAACAAAGAGCAAUCAUCAAAACUUUCAUAAAGCCAUUGAUGGGGUUAGGAAAGAGUCCAUGCAGACAAUUCUAUUUCUCUCUGCUUCUGUUUCAUUUGGGUGAAUUUGGAAGGAUGUCUAAUAUGCAGAGUGUAUAAAGUAGUCAAAUUGUAAGGUAGACCCAGGGUCAAAUAAUUCUGAAGUGGACAACUCCUGAUUCUUCAUUUGUAAUAUAACUGAGCUAAAUUCCAAAUGCCA